AUGGGCAACCUUGUGUCCCAGUACGUGGAAGCAGCGAUGGAUCGGAUGGCGAACUACUGGACGAAGCCAAGUCGGAUUCUCCUGUUAGGCCUCGACGGUGCUGGCAAAACCACGCUGCUGUAUAAGAUGAAGCUGGGCGAGGCCAUCACGACCAUCCCAACGAUCGGCUUUAACGUCGAGACCUUCAAGUACAAGAACAUCGAGUUUACGGCCUGGGAUAUCGGUGGCCAGAGUAAGCUGCGUCCGCUUUGGCGCUUCUACUACGAGGGCGCGGAUGCGGUGAUCUUUGUGAUUGAUUCGGCUGAUCGCUACCGGAUCGACGAAGCGGUCCACGAGCUGCACCGUGUCUUUGAAGACGACGCGCUACGUGACUGCAAGCUGCUGGUGCUGGCCAACAAGCAGGAUCAGCCGGACUGCAUGAACGUCGAAGAGCUCCGCGAAAAGCUGUCACUGCAUCGCGUGACCCGGAAUCCUUCACAUAUCUCGAAAACAGUGGCUGUGUCUGGGUAA